AUGCAACAUUUGUUAGAAGCCAAAAAGAGAAGAGAUGGAUCGAGUGGUCAACAGAAGUCAAGCUGGAUUGAAAAAGAAUUGACACGACAAAGUUGGAUGGGUUUUGUAGACUGCCUACUGAAGAUUAUUCACAGAUGGGAGGAGAAUUCAGUUGGACCAACAUGGAAACUGAAUCGAUCUGUUGUUGAUUGUCUGAGCCUGUAUUGUAAAAUAUUACCUAACACAACAAUACACUUAAUAGAUAACUGGAAUUUACAAUUAGGAUUAAUUGACAGAGACACUGAAAUCCACUCCUAA